CGUAAGAAUAGUCCAUGGUAACGUUGUAUUCUUCAAACUUCUGUCAUAUAUUCGAGUUGACAACUUGCGCUGCACAUUUUUGCCGUCGAGUAAAUCGCUGUUGUUUAUGUAAAAAUCAUCUCAUGCAAUGGGUCCAGUCACACAAAAUUCCGAUUUGAUUUGCAUUCCCGGUCAGCGCUUAUGCUUAUCUGAUGAGAACACAAUAGCUGGGCAAGGGACGUACGAACGGCAAGGAUACAUUUAUUCGACUUUGGCGGGAACAGUCCACAUUCGGCAACAGGACAAUUCAAAAUUUAUUGAAGUUAAAUGCUUUGGGAGUCCAACCAUCGUUCCCAUUGCUGGAGAUGUGGUGACAGCCCGUAUUACCCAGGUCAACCAGAGAUUCGCCAAAUGCUCCAUCACCUGCAUCGGAGAUCAUAUUUUGAAUAGAACUUACAGGGGGCUGCUACGGAAGGAAGACGUGAGAGCAACUGAAAAGGAUAAGGUAGAAAUGUACAAAUGUUUCCGCCCGGGAGACAUAAUCCUAGCAAGAGUGCUCCCACAAACAGAAUUGUCUUGCUACCAACUCAGUACAGCAGAAAAUGAACUAGGAGUCGUGGUAGCUUUGGCGAAUGAGAGCGGCCCUUACGGAGUUCCAAUGGUGCCCAUAAGUUGGACGGAGAUGCAAUGUCCAGACACACUCGUGAAAGAACCCAGAAAAGUAGCCAAAAUUGUACCAGAAAGCGCCCUAAUAACGCGCGUUGAAUAAGAAUAAAUGUUUAAUAAUUUAACUUAA